AUGUAUCAAGCUUAUGCUCCAAAGGGUGAGCAGGUAGAGCAGAGGCCUUUAGGAAGUGUGUAUGUUGUUACCAUGCCAGAUCAAUUGCCAUCACCUUCUGUAGUGAGAGCUUUGGGUUUGGAGUUUGAAUUGUUGGAGUCUCCUCUGUUGGUUGAGACACCUAUUAAGGGUAAAGUGGCAUUGGGUCGAGUAUGUUGCCCCGUGAGAUUAAGGAGGUUAUCAGUAUAUAUGUCAUCAGGAGAGUACCUAUAUUUUAUGUGUGAUAGGGAUGAUAGUUUUACUCCUUUAUUAUAUGGCCUCAAGGGUCGAGGAGAGUUGAGUUUUGUUUUUGCCAUCACAGUAGUCGAUGAGGGUAGUGUAAUUCGGAGUGAAUGGCCUAGAGUAGUUCGAGAAUAUCCAGAUAUUUUUUUGAAGGAUCUCACAGAGUUACCACCAUAUAGAGAGAUUGAGUUCUUAAUUGACUUAGAGCCAGGCACAAUUCCGAUUUCCAUGGCACCAUAUAGGUUUGCACAAGCCAAGUUUUGUGAGUUGAAGGUGCAACUAUAG